CACUUAACUUACCGGAUUUGCCAUGUUCAGUCUUUCUCCGUUCAGUUCGCGCGGUGAGGGUGAAUGGAUGUAACCGUGGAUUCUUGCGCCGGGACACAUCUGCGUUUGUUGAACCUGGAUAUUGAAGAGACCAGUGUCGCACGAAUUUCAUGAUAUAUUUCAACCGAUUGAAAACGGACAGAAGGUGUAAAUAGACUUUUAAAAAUCAAACGGAUUUCAGUGAAAGAUUUAACGAACAUCAAACUCAAAUCAAAGCUUCUGACCUAUAAUAAAAUAUAGCUAAUAACUGGGCGAAAUAAUUGGAUAAUUACAACGCAAAAAAAUAGCAGUAGUUAUACAAUAUAAUAGGUUAUAAUCAGACCUAUAUGGAAUUAUUUAGCCCAAAACUAUGGAUUGCAGAUCUCGACAUCUAACUGUAAGUGGAUUUGACAUCUGAGAGUGACGAGGGAGAGUCCAUCCCUCUCUGUGCACAUUUGUGUGUGUGUGUGUGUGUGUGUCGGACGGACGGCCAGAUAUGUGACAAGAAACCAGAAAAAUGGAUUACCUCUCUCCCACGAACACCUCCCAAGAUGCCGCUCUUCUCUUCUCCGACGCCGGCCUUCAUGGCAACGACCUCUACCCCGGUUACCACGGCUACGACCCCGACAUCGACGAGGCCACGUCGGAAGCCUCGCCACCCCUGCCGCCACACUACGGGGACGCCCCCCCGCUGGGUCUGGGGGACCUGGGGGGGUACGGGGACAGCUCUCUGGCCGGACUGGGGGACAGCACCAAGCUGGUCGGGGUGCAGGUGGUUCUGAUCAUGGCCUACAGCACCAUCAUCCUCCUGGGGGUCCUGGGGAACUCCCUGGUCAUCUACGUGGUGUACCGCUUCAAGACCCUCCGCACCGUCACCAACUUCUUCAUAGCCAACCUCGCUGUCGCGGACCUGUUGGUGAACACAUUGUGUCUCCCCUUCACAUUGGUCUACACUCUACUCGGGGAGUGGAAGUUUGGCCAGGUUCUUUGUUUCCUGCUUCCCUACGCGCAGGGAUUGGCCGUCCACGUUUCCACUGUGACACUGAACGUCAUCGCCCUGGACAGACACAGGUGCAUAGUUUACCAUCUGGAGACGAGGAUGAGGAAGGACGUGUGUUUCUGGGUGAUCGGCAUCACAUGGGUCAUGAGUGCAGUUCUGGCCAGCCCGCUGGCCAUCUUCAGAGAGUAUGGCACCUUUAGUUUGGCUCCUGGUCAGUCUAUACAGGUUUGCACGGAGAAGUGGCCCGGCAGCUCCACGGACGGCACCGUCUACUCCAUAUCGAUGCUCCUGCUCCAGUACGUGCUGCCCCUCGCCAUCAUCUCCUUCGCCUACGCCCGCAUCUGGUCCAAGCUGCGCUCCCACGUGUCGCCCGCCGGCCGCAACGACCGCCACCGCCGGCGCCGCAAGACCACCAAGAUGCUGGUGACCAUGGUGGUGGUGUUCGCCGUCAGCUGGCUGCCGUUCCACGCGUUCCAGCUGGCCACGGACAUCGACAGCUCCGUCCUGGACAUGCGGGACUUCCGGCUGCUCUACACGCUGUUCCACGUGGUGGCCAUGUGCUCCACCUUCGCCAACCCCCUCCUGUACGGGUGGAUGAACAGCAACUACCGCACGGCGUUCGUGACGGUGUUCCGCUGCGAGCAGAGGAUGGACAGCGUUCACCCAGAGGGAGGGAGAAGGAAGGGCGGAGGAAAGGGAGGCGAGGGGGCGGGGAAGGCCGGGGUCAGGGGAGACGGGGGGAAAGAGGGAGACGAAGAAGAAACUAGGGCGACUAUUGACCUGGAGGCGCAGGAUGUGGGGACCAACCCUCUCAAAGCCACCGACCUCUGAGAGAGUGAUGAAGACAGAGAGAAUGACAGAGAAGAUAGAGAGAGCGACAGGAAGAGAAGACAGAGAGAGAAUAACAAUAGAGAGGGCAGACGCGGGAGUAGAAGGAGAGAAGGACAGACAGCGAGUGAAGGAGCAGAAUAAACGAGAGCCAGGCGGAAUGAGUGACAGCGAGAGUGCUGAGGGAGGGAGAGUGCAUGUGAUGAAAGAGUGAGGAAGGGAGGGAGAGUGCAUGUGAUGAA